GCGAUGUCGAGAAUAUGUUGCGGAGAGCCAAUGCACCAACGAAUAUAGAAACUGAAAAACAUGGUCAACUUCACGAAGGAUGUUUGCACGAGGGCAUUCGAUACGGGGCGGGAUCGGCGAUGAUGAGCUCGCGCCGAUGCGAGUAUUGCUACUGCAUAUCCGGCACGAGGAGAUGCGUCCGACCCAAGUGUCUGCUACCACUGCCGGGAUGCAUCCCGCUGUACGCGCCCCAAUCCUGCUGUCCGGUCGCGUAUAACUGCACUCACCACCAUCCGUCCACAAUGGCGCCGCUAUCGGGAAACGGAUGUCGCGUGGGCGAGCGCACUUACGCCGAGGGCGAGAUGGUUCGCGACAUCGAGUGGAAGGCCGCAUGCGACAAUUGUUUCUGCGCGAUGGGCGCCAUACGGUGCGUUCCGCUCGCGUGCGCUCCACCACUUCAAGGCUGCAGCCCGAUCGUGCGAGAGGGACAAUGCUGCCCGUCCACCUACAACUGCAGCGGCAACAUCGAAGUAAAGGCCACCCAAAACUACGCAUCCUACGCCUUCAUCAGCAAGGACUACGCUAAAUUCCGCAAGGAGACCAACUUUUUCCCUGCCAUUAACCAAUCCACAAAUCUGUCCGUCGAAGGACGAGGUCACAGAGUGGUCGACGAACGGAUUAGCACCAGUACGAUCGAUCUCGAGGAGGACUCGUUCGUCACCACCUAUUCCACCGUUUGGCCCUCGACCAUGGAGACCGACAUCAUGGACAAUGAAAUCUUGAUAGGAACGGUGGACUACAAAUCGACCUUGGAAGUGACAACCGUCGCGACUUCGGCGAACGAGUUAACGAGUAACACUGAAUCAACAACAGUAUUCGAGUCAACAAUGGCAUCCACUAAAGACGAUGAUGAUUCCUCCACGAACUCAUUUACGGAUUCCACAAUCACGUCGACGGAGGAUUCGUCCAGCACGAAUAUCUCGUCGGCGGAAUGGACGACGGUGCUCCCGGAAUUAAUGCUCGAUAAUGGAAACGAUGAAAACGAGGAUGCCGACGGGAACGAAAAUAAAAACGCGAGCGAAAACGAGGACCGGAACGAGGACGGGACCACCGAGGCGGGAACAAAGACGAGGGAUAUAAUUGAGAAAAACAAAGCUACGACGCAUCCUUUCGCAAUUUUCACGGAUGUCGGGAACGCGCUUAUCCCGGGCGAGAAAUUGCCCGAGAAUUCUACGCUCGCUAAGAGAACCGAGGCCCCUCUUAAGAGACCCGUCACCAGUCCAUCGUCGGUGGUACUCAUGCCGGACGACAUCCUCGUGAUGAACGUGACAGUCAAGACGAAUGUCUCGGUGGGUCAUAUACAAGGUGUCACGAUAAAUCCAAUUAGAUCCAUCCCGCCGGACGUUGAGGCCAUUCUGAACAUCACUCAUCGAGAAAAGGGCGAGGACUACGAUUACGACUACAGCGAGCAGACUUUGCCGCCGUCAUUGCCGAACGUCAGGAUAAUACCCUUCGUGGCGGCAGACGCGUUGGUGAAAAACAAGGACAUACCUUCGCCUGAGACUGGAUAUCCGUCUGGUUCGGUAGUGGUGUCCCCUGAGCUACGACCGACUGACACUUCCGGUUUUUACGACAUCGCAACCCAGGAGAACCGAUUUAGCCCACCGGUAGAGACCGAAGGUGGUUUUGUGCCUAGAGAGCCACCAUAUUUCGAUGUUCCCUACCACUCCACAGAUUUAAAUCUUGAGAUUGGUACUGGAGUUACCGUGGUUCCAGCACAGAUUACGAAGCCAUAUCGAAAAAAUCAUGAUUUGUCCAGUGAAUGCCAUUUCGAAAAUGUAAAAUAUCGUCACGGUGAGAUCUUGCCACGAACCAUCCUCUGCAUAAUUUGCAUGUGUUAUUACGGGGAAGUCGUAUGUUCCUCAGAGAAAUGUCCGCCAUUAAAAAUUGGUUGUCAUAGGAUCAAUUCCGAGGAGAGGUGUUGCGGAAAAAUCAUUUGUGUCGAAGCCGAAGAAUCGCCGACGGUGGUGCUCGAUCGUGCCGAUGCCACGGCGCCUUCUCAACGGCAAUCCACCUUGUCUCCGGAUCCCUUUCGAGACGUCAUCAAGACCGAGCCAGCUCCGGACUUACCUUCCCUGAUCGAGGACAUGAUCCCCUACCUGGUCGAACGCGGUAUCACAACUCCCAGAUCCACGUCCAUGACGGCGUCAGUUCCGAAGACGUCGGUUCAGAAGUUGGCGGAGGAUCGAUUACAACAUCCGGCGAACUUUGAUUUCACGGAGCAAGUGUCGCUUAUUCGACCACCCGUCGAUUACGAACGGGAAACGGUCGGUUCCUCUUUCUUGUCCAAGUACGGAGGGAAUCGCGAAGUACCUUCGAAGGAUACCGUCUCGUUAACGUACGACUCCAAGAAUCAGAUCCUAGAUCGCAAACCCGUCGAAAAUCCCGUGACAGGAGUCCUCGGCUACGAUCGAACGCACUUGACCAAGUUAAAUCGCACGAACAACGACUCGAAGAAGAAAAACGAUCUCCAUCGAGGUAACAUCACGGAGCAGAAGCUCGUGAAACAAGACGUAACCGAUAGAAACUUGAGCAGCAAAGUGGACAAUCAUACCGAAUCGAAUAAUACGUUAAACGAAGACGAGAGGAUCGCCGAGGAUGGCAUCUUUUCGCUGGACAGUGUCCUUGAACUGUUAUUCUCUUCGAAUAGCAGUUCUAGCGUCAAACCGCUCGAAACCACGAAGACGCCAGAUGUUUCCUUUGUGGGCGGCGAAAGAGAGGGUCAGGAGAUUCUCGUUGCUUCAUCGACGAGCACCGAGAGGUUAACCGAGGAGACGGAAACUGUCGAGACGUCCUCGAAGGUCCUCGACAACGAGAUACCAAUGUCCGUGGGCAGUUUGCUGAAGCUGGCGGGCUGCAAUAUAUACGGCCGAAUGUAUCGCGUCGGUAGAAUCAUCACGGAGCUCUCGAGUCCAUGCAUGGAGUGCAGGUGCACGGAAAUUGGUGUCCAGUGCAAACAGUUGGAAUGUUGAUCGGACACCGAUUCCUUCCGUGCACCGACUACCGAUUUAACGUCUCGCGGAUACUCGAGGAUGAGAUAAGACUGCUCCGUCGAAAAGAUUGAAAGUGCAUAACGUGUUGCCCGGGAUAUUUUUGAGAAAGUAUUGAAGAAGCUGAUUUAGUGCGGACAAAUUUGUUGGUUUUUCUAUCGUUUAACUUUGAAAUCUACAAUGUCUUUUAAGAUCAAAAUCAUAUUCGAGAUAUUAUAAUUGCAUGCGUGCAUGUGUGAAUGUAUGUGUGUGUGUGUGUGUAUGUGA